CAAACAUAAUCAAUCACUCACACACCAAACCAAAGUAAGAGUAGUAGCAACUAAGUCAUUUUUCAACUUCCAAAUGGCUUCCAAGGCUGCUACUAUCCUUGCCCUCAAUCUCCUCUUUUUCACAAUGGUGACCUCAAAUUAUGUUCCAUGUCCUCCACCACCUCCAAAAGGUCACAGCCACGGCCACUCAUAUCCAGUACCUUCCUCAAAUUACCCAACAUGUCCUAGAGACACAAUUAAGUUUGGUGUGUGUGCUGAUGUAUUAGGUUUGAUUAAUGUUGAACUUGGUAAGCCACCAAAGACACCAUGUUGUUCUCUCAUCGAUGGUCUUGCUAAUCUUGAAGCUGCUGUGUGCCUUUGCACUGCUCUUAAGGCUAAUGUCUUAGGCAUUAACCUUAACCUUCCAAUUAAUUUGAGCUUGGUACUUAACUAUUGUGGAAAGGGAGUUCCAAAGGGGUUCGUUUGUGCUUAAUUAAAUAGACACUAAUUAAUUAAUAUGGUUAAGUGUCACUACAUAUAUCUUCAAUUGGUGUGUGGAUUUUGUACUUUUUGUUGCACUCAAGUUUCAUUUGUUUUUGCUAAUGAACAUUUCGUUCAUACUUAAUUAUUGUUGUUAUUAUCAUUAUUGUUGUGAUGCUUGGUAAUUGAAGCAUCUAUAGUGAUUAGUAUUUUGUAUUCCUACAUACAUCUAAGUGAUAUUUUCUUGUAUUUAUACAAAUAAAUUCGUUUAAAGAAAGAUUCGUGAUUCCUUCUAAA